CUUUUUUCUGUUCGCUACGAGCCUCAUCGGCCACCGUAUUAGAAGCUUCAGUAGCUGGAGAUCCGCGUCUGAACGUUUCGUUCAGGUCAAAGGGCGAUGCUGUCGGCCCUGUUCAGAUCAGCUGUGCCUAAAUACGGCGGGUUGUGGCGACCCGGCCCGGUCAGAGCCAUGUCGUCCUCAGACGGGCCCACGCCGCCGUUCACCACGCUGGCCGUCAGCCGGCCGGCCGAGUCCGUCACGCACGUCCAGCUGCACCGACCCGCCAAGCUCAACGCCAUGAACAAAGCCUUCUGGAGGGAGAUGGUGGAGUGUUUCCAGCAGAUCUCUGACGACCAGGCCUGCAGGGUGGUGGUGAUUUCUGGAGCGGGGAAAGUCUUCACAGCAGGGAUCGACCUGAUGGACAUGGCGACCGACAUUCUGCAGCCGGAGGGCGACGACACGGCGCGGAUCGCCUGGAACGUCAGGAAGCUGGUCAAACGGUACCAGGAGACGUUCUCCGUCUUGGAGAAGUGUCCAAAGCCGGUGGUGGCGGCGGUCCAUGGAGCCUGCAUCGGAGGAGGCGUUGACCUGAUCACAGCCUGUGACAUUCGGCUCUGCACCCAGGACGCCUGGUUCCAGGUCAAGGAAGUGGACAUCGGUCUGGCAGCGGACGUGGGAACGCUGCAGCGGCUUCCUAAAGUGAUCGGCAGCCGCAGCCUGGUGAACGAGCUGGCUCUGACCGCCAGGAAGAUGUUCGCCGACGAGGCCAAGAGCAGCGGGCUGGUCAGCCGAGUGUUUCCGGACCAGGAAGCCAUGAUGGCGGGCGCGCUGGAGAUGGCGGCGGAGAUGGCGGCGCGCAGCCCGGUGGCCGUGCAGGGAACCAAACUCAACCUGAUCUACUCCAGAGAUCACAGCGUGGCAGAGGGACUCGACUACAUGGCGACCUGGAACAUGAGCAUGCUGCAGACCCAGGAUGUGAUGAAGUCGGCUCAGGCCGCCAUGGAGAAGAAAAGCCCGAAAGAAACACUUUUCUCCAAACUCUGAGCUUCACUGCCGACGGCUUCAAUCUCCAGAUUAUUCUCCAGAUUAACGCCGACCUCCUGUGAGGUCGCUUUGGGUUCUUUUUGAAAACUAAUUAUGUUUAUUUAAUAAACUCAUCUGAAUGAAUGUUUAUGUUGCUAAACAUCAGUCUGAGCCGAAUCUUUAAAACAAUCUCGAGUUUUUAUUAAAUAAAGGUGAUAAAUUAAAAC